AUGGCAGAAACAUUAGAAGCUGUAGAAGAUGCAGUGGACAUUCUUGAAAAAGAGAUGCUCUCCUUCUGCAACCUGAUUCCAGUUAACUCUUGGGGAUUUGAUGAUGAUGUCAAAGAAUCAUUGAAGAUGCGAAAACACAGUUUGGUUAAUCGACAACUCAGCAAAAAGGAAAGAAAGUCAAUGUCUGCACAACAGAAACAACAUCUGGCGAAAGGCUUAGGAUUGGUUCCAAACACUGUUCAAGAAGUCCUCGAGUGGAUGUCUAAAAGCAAGCAGCAUUCGAAAGUGCAACCACAAAAGGUUGUUGCACCGGUGAAGAGACCAGCGGAUCAGAACAAGAAUAAAGAAAAAGUAGUGAAGAAAGACCAGAAAAAGCAAGAUAAGAAAGCUGAUUCUGAUUCAGAAGAGGAUGAUUCAUCUGACGACGAGGAGAAAGAAGAAACAGACGAGCCAGUUGCUAAGAAGCAAAAGAAAGAAGAAUCUUCAGAUGAUGAUGAAGACAGUGAAGAUGGAGAAGAGCCUGAAGGAAAUAAUGGAGCUGUAGAGGCUGAGGACAGCGAUUCAACGGACGAAGAAGAAGAAACACCAUCUAAACCCAACAAAACCGUAGCACAAUCUACUCUGAAAUCGAAUGGAAAAAUUGACAAGGAGAUUCAAAAGUUGGAAGACGAUGAAGACAAUGAAUCCCCCGAAAUCAGACGUCAAAUCGCUUUGCUGAGACUGCAGAAAAAGCUGAAGGAAAUGAAAGUUGAGCGGAAAGGAAAAGGACCGGCGAAGGUAACAUCAGCGAUGGCUGAAAAAAUGGCAGAGGAGAAGCGUUUGAAAAGACGGGAGAGCAAGCUGAAGCUGAAACAAAGAAGAGCAGAGGAGAAGAAAGGAAAAGAGGCAGCAGCUCAAGUGAAGAAAGAGACUGUUGAAAGCACAGAAAAUGGCAAUGAGCCUGUCGAGAAGCAGAAAUCUGGAAUUUCAUUCAAUAAUCUCAAGUUUGAAAUCAAAGAAGACAAGCAGAGGGGCAAGAAACAAAGAACCGCCAAAAAAGAUCGAGCUCUUAAACUUACCGGACGUGACUAUAAAUCACUUAUCGCUAAAGUCGAAGAGACAAAAGCAACAAUUGCCAAAGUUCGCGAAGCUGAUCCACAUAAGGCUACCAUCAUGGAAGAUGAGCUAAAGUGGGAGAAAACACUGAAAAGAGCAGCUGGUGGAAAAGUGAAAGAUAAUUUGGGAAUGCUCAAGAAGGCUUUGGUGAAGAAGAAUAAGAUGAAGGAUAGAAGAAAGCAGAAAUGGGAGAACCGAGAGAAUAAGACGGAGGGAGAGAAGCAAACGAAGCAAGACAAGAGAAAGAAGAAUCUCCAGAAGCGCAUCGAUGACGUCAAGAAGAGAAAGAUGAACAAGUUGAGAAACAAGGGAAGAAUCCUCUAAACAACACACAUUUAUCCGCUUUUAAUUUCUCGUUGUUGAACAUUUUUUUGUUAAUUUUUACUGUUAACUUUUUUCUUUAAAUCUGUGGCCUGUUGUUAAGUUUUUAAGUUUUCAAAUUAUACUAAAUUCUUUGAAA